AUGCCGCUGUUUAAACGUCUGUCCACCAAAUGUGAGUUCAAGAUGGGUCAGGGCGGUGCGAGCCAACGGAGUAAUAAUUUUUGAUCGUGCUUUAGGGGUUUUAAAUUUUUGAUUUUUGAAAUCAUCAAGUUUGUAGGCCAAAUGGUCGAAGUGCGACGCUCAGAUUUGGAUGAAACUUGACACAAAUUUAGAAUAGUUAUUUUUAUGACAUAUGCGAGACUUCUAGCUCGCACUUUGCAGAAACGACCGGGAUUUUUAGGGUUAAAGUUGGGAAAAUUUUGACAUUUUUUUGCAAACUUUGACAUGCCAAAUAUCAAUACCUAUUUCUAUGGUAAAGAAUAGUGUUCCCACAAAAAAUCAAUUUUUUCCACGCGAAACUGGCAAAUAUAUGGCCAAAAGAGUUUUUUUUUUGACUGAUCUCCUCUUUUUGCGUACUCUUUCGUCCGCAAAGAUCGUUGAAUAUCUCGGCUGACACUGCAAAACGCGAACUAAAAUUUUCAGUCAGUGAUAUGUGGCCUAUAGCCGAUGUGUCUACAAAAUUAAAAGAAAAUCUGAGCGUCGAACUUCAAACUUUUACCUUGGCUUGCUACAAAGGCAGUAGCGAAAAUUUAUGAAAAUUACCCCCAAAAAUAAAGUUAAUUAGCGGUUGAAAAUACUGUAUGUAAAAAUAAAGAUGAUGUCAGAACUCUGUGAGACCAAAAAGUUGUAAAAUUCAGACUAAAAUAGUAGUAAUAAACCCGGUUUAUUGCCCAUUAACCCAGUCUCAUUUUAGCCCAACGAAUCGAAGGCAAGGCAUUUGUUCGCAGAGGUGCAUUACGACAGAAAAAUGUGCAUGAAGUCAAGUGAGUAUUCAAAUUUUUUUGGAAAUUUUUUUGAAACUUUCUUUAAAUAUCAUCGUAUUUUAGACAACACAAAUUUAUCGCCCGGUUCUUCAAACAGCCCACCUUUUGUUCACACUGCAAGGACUUCCUUUGGGGCCUCAAUAAACAAGGAUUCCAAUGUCAAAGUAAGUAAAACUCUUUAAUUUUUCAGUUGCUUUUUAGUCACCGUUUUUACUAGUGUAUAUAAAUAAAAUUAAUUCCAUUUUUUACAGUCUGCACUCUGGUUGUACAUAAGCGAUGCCACGAAUUUGUAAAUUUCGGCUGUCCGGGUGCGGAUAAAGGCGUGGACACCGACGAUCCGAGGCAGCAACACAAAUGGAAGGUCCAGACUUACUCCUCGCCAACGUUUUGUGAUCAUUGUGGAUCGUUGUUGUAUGGGUUGAUACAUCAGGUAAGUAUGGAUUUUUUUCGAGAUAAAAAAAAUCUUGUUUGCCUGCACCGUGCAGAAUUUUCGGUCCACUGCACCGUGCAGAAUUAUUGUUUCACUGCACAGUGCGAAAUUUGAUGUUGACUGCACAGUGCAAAAAAAUUUUUUGACGCACUGUGCAAAACUUUUAGUUUACUGCACUGUGCAGAAUUAUUUUCUCUGCACAGCGCGACCGAUUUUUUAGCCGCACAGUGCAAAAAAUUUUUUUUGACUGCACGGUGCAAAAUUUUCUUGCAAUUGCACCGUGCAGAUUUCUUUUUUUUACUGCACAGUGCGACCGAUAUUUUAGCCGCACAGUGCAAAUUUUUUGGUUCACUGCACAGUGCAAAAUUAAUUUAUCUCUGCACCGUGCAGAAUUAUUGGUUCAAUGCACAAUGCGAUUUUUUUUGAUCGCACAGUGCGAAAUUUUCUCUUUGUCGCAUCGCGCCAAAAUAAUUUUUUACUGCACGGUGCGAAACCAGAUGUUGACCGCACAGUGCAAAAAAAAUUUUUUUGAUUGCACGGUGCGAAAUUUUCGAUCGGCUGCACCGUGCAGAAUUUUUUUAUUCACUGCACAGUGCAGAAAAUUUUUUUUACUGCACAGUGCAAAAAAUUUUUUUUUAUUUUGAAAAUUCGUAGGGCUUAUCUUUUUGAUUCUUGCCACUAAUUUCACCAUUUCAGGGUAUGAAAUGCCAAUGCUGCGACACGAACGUCCACCAUCGCUGCGUCCGCUACGUGCCGAACAUGUGCGGCACGGAUCACACGGAGAAGCGGGGCCGCAUCUACUUGGACAUCCGAGUCGUUGAUGGCGUGCUGUACGUGCAUGUCAAGGAGGCCCGUAAUCUAAUUCCCAUGGACCCGAAUGGCUUGUCCGACCCCUACGUGAAGCUGAAAUUAAUUCCAGACGACGGGAAGGGGAAAAGUAAACAGAAGUCCCGAACGCUGCGGGCCACACUCAACCCUGUCUGGGACGAACAUUUCACAUAGUAAGUUGGACAGGAAAACGUCGAAAAAUUUGGAAAAAAGGAAAAAAAAAUUUUUGAAAAAAGAAUUUUUUGUAAUCAUCAAAAAAAAUUUUUUUUGAAAAAAAUUUUUUUCGCAAAACUAUACAUUACCAGCAUUAUUGAGCCAAAAAAUUAGCCCCAGAUGUCAAGGCUACCCUUGAAAAAAUUCAUUUGAAACUAUCCCCUCUAUUUCACCCUAAAAUCCACAAAAAAAUCAAAAAAUCUCGUUUUCAGCAAACUCGAGAUCACAGACAAAGACCGUCGGCUUUCGGUCGAGGUCUGGGACUGGGACCGAACCUCUCGCAAUGACUUUAUGGGCUCUCUGUCCUUUGGAAUCAGCGAAUUGAUCAAAGAGCCCACCCAAGGCUGGUUCAAGCUUCUGAACGACGAAGAAGGCGAAUAUUACAAUAUUCGAAUACCUCCGGAAGACGAGGGAGAAGUUGAGAAUCUGCGGAAACGAAUGCUGGAGCUGAAUUCAACGCAAAAAAGUCCAAGACAAAAGUCGACCGUGUCCAUGAUCAACAAGGAUGGAGUUAGUGUAAAUAAGGACGUGGUGAAGGCGUCGGACUUCAAUUUCUUGACGGUCUUGGGGAAAGGGUCGUUCGGAAAGGUGAGAAAAUUGAGCUUGACUGUCUGAGGAGUGGUUUGAUUAUAUAUUCAAGUCUUAUUAGCCAUUAAAUCAUCAUUUUUCUACCGAAUAAACCAUUCAUCUUCAACUUUCAGGUCCUUCUCGGCGAACACAAGCAAAGCAAAGAGCUGUUCGCCAUAAAAAUCCUCAAAAAAGACGUGAUCAUCCAAGACGAUGAUGUUGAAUGCACAAUGACCGAGAAGCGAGUGCUGGCGCUGCCGGAAAAACCUCCAUUUUUGGUCACUCUCCACUCCUGUUUCCAGACCAUGGACCGCCUGUAUUUUGUUAUGGAGUUUGUGAAUGGCGGCGAUUUGAUGUAUCAAAUUCAGCAAGUUGGCAAGUUCAAGGAACCUGUGGCAGUGUGAGUGGCUUGGAUUUAGGAUUUUCUUGGGUUUAGAUUAGAGGUGGCAAUCGGGCUGGGCCGGCCCGGCCCGGCCGGGCCCGGUGAUUGGGCCGGGCCGGGCCGGAAGGUUAAUUAUGUAAAAAAUGUUUAAUGCUAAACCAGCAAAAUACAGCACAAAUGCUUUGUAUAAUAGAAUGGAUGGAAAUUAGAUUAAACCUUUUUUUGACUUAUACUCUGUUUUACUACCUUUUAAAAUUAUGUAUAUGUAUGUGUAACUUAUUAUGUAUAUGUAAAGUCCCACCCAAAUAUGCAAGGGUCGGGCAAAAACCUUCGAAUUUUUUAUGAUAAAUUUAAAAAUCUCACUGUAAUUUUGAUUCCUUGAUGUAAAUGAAAGUGUUUAAACAGUUUUUGGUUAAUGUACCUUAUAACGUCCAUACUUUUAUAUAGCUAACUUCCUAUAGGAUUAAAAAAUUCAACACAAUCCAACUUUUUGGCUAGGUUUUUUUUUAGUUUUUUUUUCUAUACGGAUGUUCCAGUCAUCCGACUAGACUUUUUAAUUUCACGCAGACACACGUAAAAACCUUGUGGAAGGCAUAAGAACUUCCAGUAGAAAGUGCAAAGACUUUAUCCAACUUUUCUGUAUUAGCGGGCCAAACCGGGCCGGGCCGGGCCGGGCCUGAGCAAAUUUGAAAAAGCCCUGGGCCGGCCCGAUUGCCACCUCUAGUUUAGAUCAACUACUGGUCGAUUUCUAAAAGCAAUCGAGAUCUUUUAAUUUUUUUAAAAUUUGAAAUUUUCAAAAAUUUUAUUUUGAUGCCAUUCACUGAAAUUUUUUUAUUUCAGAUUUUACGCUGCUGAAAUUGCCGUUGGCCUCUUUUUCCUCCAUUCGAAAGGAAUUAUUUACCGAGACUUGAAACUGGAUAAUGUGAUGUUAGAGAGGGACGGUCAUAUCAAAAUCACCGAUUUUGGAAUGUGUAAAGAGGGAAUUGUGGAUGGAAACACGACCAAGACCUUCUGCGGAACACCAGAUUACAUUGCUCCGGAGGUAAAAUUCACAUAAUUUUUUUUUACUCGCACCAUGCAAAAAACAAGGAAGAAAUAUUGCACGGUGCAGCCCGAUUUUAGCCUAUUUUUCCCGUUGCACGGUGCAACGCGAAUUUCGGCCUAUUUUUUCUAUCGCACUGUGCAGCCCGAUUUUUAGCCUAUUUUUUCCGCCGCACUGUGCAGGCCGGUUUUUAGCCUAUUUUUGCUACUGCACGGUGCAACACGAAUUUUGGCCUAUUUUUUCCGUCGCACUGUGCAGAUCGAUUUUUAACCUCUUUUUCCAAUCGCACAGUGCAACCAGAAUUUUAGCCAAAUUUUUGCCGUUGCACUGUACAGGAAUAAAAUAUAUUUACAAAUAAUUUAAAAAAUCAAAUUGAAUUUUAAAAAUUAUAAAAUAAAAGAUACAGUACAUCAUUUCAAAAUCCAACCCCCUCAAAUUCCAGAUCAUUCUCUAUCAGCCAUACGGAAAGUCAGUUGACUGGUGGGCCUACGGAGUUUUAUUGUUUGAAAUGUUGGCCGGCCAGCCUCCCUUCGACGGCGAGGACGAGGAUGAGCUCUUCACCGCAAUCACCGAACACAACGUCUCCUAUCCGAAGUCAAUGUCCAAGGAGUCGGUGCUGAUUUGCAAAGGCUUCUUGCAAAAAGCCCCCUCAAAACGGUUGGGGUGCUCUCCACAAGGCCAACGGGACAUUAUGGUAAGGUUUUUUUUGGGACGCGUAGAAAGUUUUGUAGUCAUCAACACUUGGCUUGUGGUGAUGAUUAGAAAAGCGCUCGAAGUGCGACGCUCAGAUUUCUUCUAAAUUUUGUCCAUGCAAUGCUCAUGUACCACGCAUGAAUUCGCGAAAGUUUUGGCUGGCGAUUUGCAGAGAGGUCUAAGAUAUUCAGCCGUCUUUGCGGCCGAGAGAGUACGCAAAACGCGGAGAGCGGUCAGGGAGAAAAACACUUUUUGGCCGUAUCUUUGCCAGCUUCGGCGAAAAAAAAAUUUUUGUAGAAAUAUUACAAGGUAGACAUGUGUAAAAAUUUUUGUAUCAAAAGUAAUCAAAAAGUAGCGGAUUUGUGCCAACUUUCGAUCUAAAAAUCUCGGUUGUCUCUACAAAGCUAGGGCCAGAAAUUCAGGGUGUGCUAUAUAUAGGUAUACCCUAAAUUAGAGCCAAAUUUCUUUGAGGCACUUUCCCUCCAAACUAUUUAAUUUACAAUUCUUUAGGAACAUCCCUUCUUCCGACGAAUUGACUGGCUGAAGAUUGAAAACCGACAAGUUCAGCCGCCAUUCAAGCCCAAAAUUGUAAGUUUAUCCCUCAAAAAAAUGGUGACACACCGUUCUUUCUAGUCUACAAUUUUUUUGCAAAAACUAUGACAUUUUUCCCACAAAAAUUCAAAUUUUUCCAAAAAAUUUCAAAAAUCUCAAAUUCUUCGACUUUUAUUUUUUCUAUCAUUUAUUACUGUCGUAUGGCUUUACAUAUUGUUUGGUGGUGGUGUUGAUGUUGUUUUGUACCGUUGUGAUUUUAGAGCGACGCACAUUCCACCGAGAAUUUCGAUCUGCAAUUCUUGCGGCUUCCCCUGAAAUUGACCCCUCCCGAAUGGGACGUGUUGGAGAAUCUGAAGGGUGAUGAGUUCGCGGAGUUCAACUACACGAAUCCGGCGUAUCAUGAGGAGGCGGCGCCGGUGCAAAUCGAAAUCCCCGUGGCGAAGAAUGGCACGGAAAACUGA